AUGCCUCCUCGUGGCUCGAAGACGACAGGCGAACUUAUCAUUGUUCAUCAGCAAAGCCGGGAGAGUCGAACGCGAGCUCGGGCGCACUUGGCGCAUAACGGGAUCAGGAAGAGGAUCGAAAAGCAGCGUGAAAAGGACAAUGACAGUCUAUCACCCCCCGGCUCGAAGGCCGUAGUUGCUCCUCCCAUUUCAGCUCCGGUCGCAUUGUCGGGCUUUUCUAUGGUGGAGUAUUUAAUCUCCACUAACAUCUUCCCGGAUCUUAGUAGCACAUGGGGUGUGAGCCCAGCUGUCUGUCCCGGUCCUGCAAAUCUAUCGCAUACCCUCUCGCGGGCUUCUGAUGUACUGGAAUGUAUUUUCCGUGCUAGCUUGGCAUUUCAUUGGCUUGAUCUCAAUUUGUGGGCGACCCCUGAGAAGAAGAGGAACAUGAAGGUCGCCGCCCUGACGUAUCGAGGGCAAGCUCUAGCAUUGGCGCAGAAGGAGUUGCUUCGCUGCUAUACAUCAGGCUCCACGAACUGUGACACUAUACAACAGCCAGUUCACCCGGCAAAUCGGGAGAUCUGCUUCGGUAUUGUGCUCCGAAUGCUUCAACUCGACUACCGAUUUGCGCGAUGCGACGUCCAGGCUCAUUUUGUGGCAUGCCGACAACUGCUCAGGGCCAGCCCAUAUAAUAACCUCACGGCGGAUCAACGAUCAGUUGAAGCUCUGGCAACUACCAUUCGUAAUCCUCAUCUACAUCACCUUAUGAUCACCUUUGAAUGCAUCAAUUGUACCCCCAACAGUGUGAUCUGGGAUGAUGCGGACUUAGACUUUCUUACGAGGCAUCUGUGUCAACUUGUCAGCCGCCUCAGGGCGUGUGAUGUAGCAUCUACGAAGGACCAAACCUUGUGUGAAACUAUCCCUCUAACACCGGCAAGGGUUUCCCCGUCCACUAUCUUAUGGCGAUGCCUCACAAAGAGACCCACAUCAAUCCCGUCGAACAUCUACCGUGACGUCUGUGAAUCUAGCGCACAGAUUGCGGCAUUACUGCUCAUCUGCUCAUUAUUCCUCGACUAUGAAGAUGGCUCUGAAGGCACUAAUACUUCGAUUCCCUACCAGUGCGUUGAGGAGCUAGAGAAUGCGCUUUAUGCUCUCGGAGAGGAAAACGCUGUAUCUAGUGCCCUCAAUACGGCCUGGCUGUUGGCUGGUGGACUCGGAUUGCCGCUGACCAAACGGCGCGCUCGUUUGUGGUCCGUAUCCGGGAUGCUAUAUGCUCUGAAACGAUCUACGAGUCUGGAUCUGACCGUUACCACCUUGGACGAUGCGGUGAAUGCCCAGUAUGUCAAGCAAGUUUGCUUGGAAUUCUUGGGUAGCCCUUGGAGACGGUCCUGA